CUGAGGGACGGUAAAGAUGGCGACCAAGCCGCUCGUGUGUUUAGCUACUACGGAAAGAUGACGGUCAUGAGCACAGGAACGUACUUUACAGCUGCGUCAUUGACGGUGUACGGUUAGAAGACUUUAGGACGAAGACUUGGGCAGCUUGUUGACUUGGUAGAAAAACAUUUUUGUCCGCGGCUGUAGGUGCUCCUUCUUCCCAAUGGAGGAUAUCAACUCGAACAUCAACGCGGACUUGGAGGUGCGGAAGCUUCAGGACUUGGUGAAGAAGCUCGAACAGCAGAAUGAACAACUCCGGAGUCGUUCCGCUCUGCUGUCCUCGUCCGGGGGCUUGGCAGCAAACGCCAGACCCCUGAGCGCCGGCUACGACUCGCCGCUGUCAGCCGGAGCGGUGGCGGCAGGGCUGGCGGGCUUUACCGGGGCGGGGUUCGGCGGCAUGCGGGGCUUCGUCGGAGCGGCGCCGCUGGAGAACUCGCGCUGCUUGAGCCCCAGGCGCUCGUACCACGGGAGCUACGGGUCGGCGUAUGACUGCGACGGCUCUCCCGCUCCCACGAACACCGGCGGCACCCUGUAUUACCACCGCGAUUCUCUGGAUUACAGCGACGACCGAGAGUCUUCAGUCCUGGACGAGGUGGAGAUCCUGGACCUCGAAGACAUGGACUGUCUUAACGAGGACGAAGACAGCUGGUUGUAUGAGGCAAAGCUGAACAGUCCGCUCCAGAAAGCACUCAGUCCCAUCGUGUGGUGUAGACAAGCCCUGGACAAUCCCAGCCCUGACAUGGAGUCAGCCAAACGCUCCCUUCUCCACAGACUUGACCUCACCAUGACAGCGAAUAAGAGGCGGAGUCUGUACGGCGGCACCUACAGCCCUCAGGUGGCCUACGGAAGUCCAAACGCAGCCAACAGCCCCUACAGCAGUGGCUUCAACUCCCCUUCCGCCACUCCCACCAGAGUGCCUAUCGUCAAGCAACUCAUACUGCCCAGUAGCACAGGCUAUCAGCGUGGCUCAGUGGACAGAAACCCUCCAGCAGUGAGCCCUCAGUCAUCAGUGGACAGUGAGUUGAGCACUUCUGAGAUGGACGAGGACUCCGUGGGAUCUUCUACCACCUACAAGCUCAAUGAUGUCACCGAUGUACAGAUUCUCGCCCGCAUGCAGGAGGAGAGUCUACGUCAGGACUACGCCGCUACAGCGUCACGUCGCAGCUCGGGCUCCUCGUGUCAGUCCCUGAGGCGUGGCACGCUCAGCGAUCAGGAGCUGGACGCACAGAGUCUGGAGGAUGACGAGGAGGCAGCGAUGCCCAUGGCCUACCACCACCCACCCAUCACGCGCUUUAGCCCCUCCCCUCGCGUCUCGCCCCGGGUCUCACCUCGCCACUCUCCCCGCUCACGUUCACCCGCCCGUGCCUCGCCGCAGCCGAUCAUGAGCCGCCUGCAGCAGCCCCGACUCUCGCUGCAGGGCCACGCCCAUGAACCCCAUACAAACGCCAUCAAGAAUGAAGAGAAAUUACGGCGCAGUCUUCCAAACCUAACACGCUCCAGCUCCGGCUCUGCUCCUGAACCCGUCAAAAACAGCCGCAGCUGUGAGUCCAACCUGCAAGUGCCAAACGGAUCGCCCCGACACCAGAGCCAGUCAACAACAGCGCAGCACCAAAGGCUCUCCGGGCCGCCGGCGCGCGCCUCCCCGAAACCCAAAGAGCGGCUGCAGAGCCCCACAUCUCUACGAGUUCCUCCGAGCAGUAAGUUGCGCACACCGGCAGCACCGUCACCCCUCGCCCUACGCCAGCCCAUGAAGGUGGUGUCCAAUCCUGGUUCGGUCACUACAACGCCCACUCGCUCUCUGGCCCCGCCCCGCAGUGCUCUGCCCCGCCCCAGUGGUCCAGCUGCAGGGGGUUUACCUGUUCCUCGCAGCAAACUGGUCCAGCCUGUGCGCAGGUCUCUGCCAGUUCCACGCUCCUACAGUGGUAUCAGGGAUGAGAGCUGGAGAGAGGGCUGCUACUGACCAGCCCACAGCACAGAGACGGACUGUCCGACUCCGACCUGGCACUUUACUGAUCGACACAAAACGACAACUCUUGCCUAUCCCAUACAAUCAGCGCUGAAGGUAUUCUCCCAUCAGUGAGGAUACUCUUAUCACGGCUGGCUGGAAAUCAGUGAAUGCCAAAGAACCUGAGCGAGAAGUACACACCGUGCCCCAGGGCUGUGCUUCUCACACCCCAAACAUCCCGCUCCUACAGAGAGACCUCCAUCUCUCUCUAAUAAACUCAACACUUUAUCGCCCCGCGCCGCUUCUGCACCCUGCGAAGGAGACCCUCGACUAGCGCUACAUAUUUACAUUUUAUUUUCCCUGUAACGGGCUCGUUGCAAUCUUGUCAGGGUGGAAUAUUAUGUGGAUCUACUCUAAUGGAUGGUGUUUCUUGACGUGUAGCUUGAUGGCCAGCGCUUAAAAAAUAAUGUACUAAAAGAAAGUGACUGUAUGGUGAACAAACCCCUUAGUGUCUUUCAGAGGGAAUGUUUUGUCAUUUCUAUGUGACAAUUAUUUAUUUAGAAAUCAUUAUGUAAAAGAAAUUAUUUACAGAAUAUAUUCCGACUCAGUAUUUGCUUUGGUUUUGCUCUUUGCGUUAUUUUUAGUUCUGAAUGUUGAACCUCAACUAUAAAGCUACGUUUCCAAAGCUUUUUUUUUUCCUUUUUGAUGAUGGCUGUGUUUGUUUUUGAAAGGUUUGGGUUCAAGAGCUAUGAGAUGCACCAGGGUUGAUAUAUUUUUUUAUAGUUUUUCAAGUGUGCCCUUGUGGAAUCAUGGACUGGAGGACGAUGGGUAUUACUGCGUGUCCAGACGAGGAAUAGUGCAUCAUGAGUGUAUCGCAUCCCAGAUCUGGCGGUCAAGUUAUUGUAACCCAUUCGAUGUUGAACGUUAAUUGUCGCAAACAGAAGCAUUUGUGCAUGUUACGCACGCUGACCGACGGCGAGUCCGUCUGUCCGUCUGUCUCCUGCUCAGGUGUGGGAGGAGUCAUAAAGUCACGUAAUUGAUUGUGAGAUUGUGUCUAAGUGUGGUGGAAAAAAGAAAAUACGUGAAAAGUGUUCUUCGUUAUGAGCUCGUCUCUGCCAGCAAGCCGAUGACGAAAAUGAUCUAUAAAUAAAUAAAUAAACAAAUAAAUAAAUAAAUAAUUGGAAAUUCAGAUGCACAUUCAGGGUCAUGGUCCAGCGAAAGGAAGUGGACCAGGAAGUGGAAGCCUUAAAGGUGACGCACGAACACACUGCAGUGAGAGAUCAAGAAUAAAACACAAAUCUGCAUCUGAAAGACUUCAGACUGCAAGCGUUUUAAACAUGAGUGCCUAUAAUUUAUGAACUUCUGAUUUAUUUUUGAUGUUUUUUACAUUUUAUGAAUUUAUUAUUAUUUUUUUUGUGCCAACAGAGUUGAUUUUGCCAUAAUGAUUUGCUUCAGGGGUCUCUUUUGGCUGAUACAUCAUUAUUAUUAUUAUUAUUAUUAUUUUUGGUUUUUGUAAUUGCUUUGAUAACAUUUCUAUGUAUGUUCUAAACGCUUUGAUAUUUAUGAAUAAAUGCUCUGAUGUAAUAAGAGGCUUAUUUAUUAAAGCAGAGCCAAUCCUGUGCACAGCGAGAGGCAGCGUUGGCGAGGGACGUCAGAGUCUGGUCCGGUCUGGGCAUGAGGACGCUGGUGCCCACGCCAUUUUGUGGACAGUUUUGUUAAACAUUUUUAUAUCUCCACAAACAUGACUCUGUUUUUUUCCCCUGUGUUCACAUUUCAAAUAAAAUGUCUAAAAUUUCCGAA